ACAGAAAGGUUUUCCUCUCCCCAGGUGAAAGAAGCAAAUCUCAGGUUAGAACAAAAACAAGAAAACAGCAACGAUCUUUCAUGUCUUUGCUCUUUAAAAAGAAAAAAGAACCAGUACUGUCUGGAUAUUUGCUUGAAUAUUUGUGUGACUUCUAAACAGACAUGAUGCCAAGUUUAAGAACAAGGAAGGGGGACAGUCUACCCAAAGUGGAUACAAACAGUGACGACUUGCCACAGUUGAGCAAUGAGAUGCAGCUGAGCAUCAUGAACAAGGUGAAGAGCGGAGAGCUGUCCAUCGACGAUGCUCUGAACCAGGCCAGGCAGGGCAGGAAGGAGCUGCUCAAACAGAAGAGCCAGGCUGAAGAGGAACAAGAAUCCUCCCAGUACAACUUCAGUGUUCACAAACAUGGCCGCUACAGGUGGCAGAAGCGAGUUCUUCAGAUUGAUUUCAAGACCAAAAUGCUGUGCAGCAUAGAGAAAGGCAUCAUCAAGCGACAACUCCUCUUCUCCAACGUGAAGAGCUGUGAAGAUGGAGCCGGCACCAGGUUCUGCGUUUCCUAUAAAGAACAUCACGAUUAUGAACUGGAGGCUAAUUCGAUGGAAGACAAAUACAAGAUGAUGGAGCUGUUGAAUAAAAUCAUUUAUGGGAACAUAUACAGCGAUUCAAAGGAGGGCAAUGCAGAAAAAAGUCAGCAGCCUCAAGCGUCCCAGAGCCUUCGGGGAGGCGUCUUGUUACUGCACAGAGGCGGCCUGGCUUCGUUCAGAUGGGUGAAAUAUGAGGUCCAGCUCCAUCCCGGUCAGUUAGUUCUGGUUCCCUUAAAGCGCCGAGUCCCUGCUGAAGGUGAUGCGACAUCAUGGACGCAGCAGUCGACUGUGAUCCACCUGUCAGACGGCGAUACGAGCGUGCAGAAACCGCCUUGCCCCGACAACUUCACGCUUAUCACGCACAAAAACGAGUACCAGUUCAAGGUUCCUAAACCAGAUCAACCAUCGGCCCACGGUGCAGUACAGAGGGAGCGAGAUGCUUGGGUCCAGGCCAUCGACAAACUCUGCAAAGACUGGAAGAGGAAGUCCAUGGGUGAACACAUGUUUGUGGAAAAACAGAUUCUACGACAUAUCAGCAUAGCCGAAGAUGUCGAGGACACAGAGACAGAGACAGAGACAGAGACAGAGAUGGAGCUCGAGUCAAGCGGCGGAGGAAGCGCCAGUUUCCCUUCUCCUCCGGAUUAUAAAAAUGCAGAUUCUCCUUCAAGUGCUUGGGAUCAUUUAUCACCGGGGGACACCAGUCAAAUCCAUCCCUCAGCUGAUUAUACAAAGCCGGUCGCUAAACCUCGCAGCCCAAAAAAGACUCCAGCUCAAGUUAUAGAGCCUGGAAAUUCACCUCCCGUGCCACGUCCGACCUCUCCCGGUGUCCUCGCCUUAUCUUCACCCACCUCCCCUCUACCGUCGUCCAUUCCAACAGCCCCCACACUCCCAGAGACUCCUGAACCAAUCUACAAAGUUGUGGAACGCCCUCCACUUCCUUUCAUCCCCGCCCCCCCUCCUCUACCCUGUAAAUUCAAGAUAGAUUUAAGAAAACCUCAAACCAAGGCCUUCCACUGGGACCUGGUCGGCUCCGAGAAGAUUGCAAAAUCAUUUUGGGCACAAGAACGCACCGGGAGGAUUGAAAUAGACUCGCCGCGCUUAUUGGAGCAAUUUGGCGUUAAAGAUCUGGGGUCCUUUAGCGUGCCCGAGCCGAGCAACACGCAGCACAUCAUCCUCAAUGAGAAGAUCGCACACAACUUCAACAUUUUCCUCAAAAGUUUCCCGGUGCAGCCGGGAGAGCUGAAGGACAAACUGUUCAUCGUUAACGAGGAAGACGGAGGCCUGUCUGAUGAGCACAUCACCUCUCUGAGGAGGUAUGUCCCUACCAUGGAUGAUGUGGAAAAAUACAAAUCCCACAAAGGACCUGUAUCAGAGCUGCAUAUUGUGGACCGGUUCAUGAUGGAGAUGUGCAACAUCCCCCAUCUGAGCACACAACUGGACCUGCUGCUGACUCUGAGAGAGCUGCCCAACAGCAUGAACGACCUGCAGCCUCUGAUUAACCAGAAGAUCAGAAUGUGCACGCAGCUGAACAACUGCGGGUCAUUUGUUUCCGUGCUGGAGUACCUCCUCGCCAUUGGCAAUUACCUCAACAAGAACUCCAGGAAGGGAAAGGCCAAGGGAUUCCGCCUCUCCUCCUUAACUAAACUCUCACAGCUCCGUGGGAGAGAAAAGACGUUCACCUUGCUCCAUGCCCUUGUGGAGCAGAUCAUGUUGCAUGAACCGCGCCUGGCCACUUUUACCCAGGAGUUGGCAGAAUUCGAAACUGUCCCGGGAGCCUCCAUUAAAGGCCUGACCGCAGAAGUAGAUGUCCUGAAGAAUGAACUGCAGAAAGUCGUGCAGUACAAAAAGAUGGCCAGGAAGAGAAAAACCGGAAUUGUUCACCCCAACUUCUCCAAAGACCUGAAGAUGGCGAUUGAGAAAUACAACACGGAUCUCUCGGCACUGACGAAGACGUGUGAGGAGAUGAAGAAACUCUACUCUGUCAUACUGGUUAAAUUUGGAGAACCGGCGGAUCAGGACUCUCAGGAGCUCUUUGGGUUGAUCUGUCAGUUUGUCCACGACUUCAAGAGGGCCCAUGCUGAAAUUAUAUGAGUUAUGGAGGACAUCCUGGUAACCGCGGAGACUGCAGGGGUGCUUAUUAAACAAACCGAGGGGAUCAUGCCGGCUUAGUCACAGCUCAGAGAGCAAGAGAUCAAAGAGAAAGAUAUAGCAUGCAACUUUAAAUGCAGUAUUUAAUUUUAAAAGACACAAAGUUUGGUAUGGAUUCCACUGUUUGUAUUCUCCUCCUGUGUUGUUGUACAGAUAUUUUUUAUUCUAUAUAUCGGGCCCUGCUUGUGAUUCAUUGUACAGACAGUAUCUAUGAUGUGUACAGUGAUAUGAAUGCACCCGGACAACAGGAUGACAACGUCGAUGUAAAUCAGUUUUGUGAACAUAAAUCUGAUCUGUGUUGCAUAAUUCCACGUCAGAGUGCGGUCAUGUUUUGUGUUGACUUCAUGCCUCCUGACAUUUGUUUUGGAGAUGAAUCCGUAAUGAAGGCCCUCGGUCGGUUGUAAGAAACUCUCAUAUGCUGAAGAGUGCUGCUAAUACCCACCGCUCUGUGCUGGCGGAGGAACAAAACAGACAGCACUUCAGAGGCCCAGGCUGAGGCCGCUGUACUUUGGGUGCGUGAUUAUUUUGAACACGGAGCCACGCUGUGGUCGGGGACAUCUCCCAUCCCAGCGCUCCAGGAGGAGCUCCAAGGCCGCCUCUGAUUAAUAACCAGGUCGGCGCGGCGGCAAUGACACCACGAGAAACGCAAAACUCCCCCCUUCAAAGAGGUUGAAAGGUAUUCUUAACCCUGGCUGGAUCUGAUUUAUGUCUUAUAGAGAGUUUUGUGUGCCUUCCAUUCUAAUGAGUUGACAGAAAAAAACAAAACUAUUUUUAGUUUUAACUGUGGUGGUAAUGAAACAGACCUCUGAGAGGGAAGCAGCACCUUUUCUUGUAAGGAAGGAAACAGGUGAUUUUAAUUAAAACUUUACAUCUGCAGAAGCAGUGAUUCAUCAGCAGGAAAAACAUGCAGGAGUGCUUCAUUAAAUGUUUCCUUCAACGUGCUUUAUCUCUUAUUUCUAUAAUUUCCAGUUUGUCACUUUUACAGCUAGAUGGAUUAGAAAAGCUUUUUUUUUUGGCUUUUCCUGGUGUAGUUUGUACCUCUUUAGAAACGACCACGAGGUAGGUGUUCUAACAUCUUGCAGGUACAAAAAAAAUCAAGACUAAAAGUCACAUUUAUUUUACGGUCUUAAAUUGCUCUCUUACUUUGCACUGUUUCAUUUUUAAAAGAAGAAUGUGCGACUUUUUAAUCCAGCAGGUGUCGGAGGACAUGAAGCAAGAAACAAAACAAAAUGCUGUUUGGCGACGCCUAAGCCAUACACAGCAAAAAAGACCAGUGUUGAAUUAACUCCCACAGAGUUGAUUUCAACCCUUUUUCAGGGUUUAUAUAGCUCCACACUUUUUAGAGUUAAAUUAACACUUUUAAAAUAGUUAAACAUUUAACACUGUGAGAGAGUUAAAAUAACAUUUAGGGAUUAGUCAAGUAACUCUGCUACAACACUUUUUUUUUACUACCUGGCUAGUGUUAGUUUCACUCCCUUAAGAGUGAAGCUAGCUACAAAGUGUUAAAAUUAAUUGUAUGAAUGAAUUCUAAUAAACAAAGUAUUUUUCAAACAGUGA